GACGUCACUGAGCCACUGUGAGCGCACCUCGCACUGUUGUUGACGGACGAUAAUGCACAUGGCUGCGUUGUGGAUACGAACGAGAGAUGGAGUAGAGACUGAAUGACAGUCGCACUGGUUGCGAUGCAGCGAUCAUGAGUUAAAUGGAAAGACCCGAAUGUUUUCUGAGACAAGCCUUGCCGACACAACAUGAGUGAGAACAACUGGGGACAUGACUUCAGCAGAGUGUGCUUGGGCCUGCCGAGCGGCCAUGUGGAACACAACCUGACCGAGCAGCAAAUGGUCCAAGAUUGCAACCCAAACCUCGUCCUACCAAAGUUUCCAUCCUAUUCUGAUUCCUACUGCCUCCCAUUGGAAAAGACACUUGGACCACAUGAAGGAGACCAGGUGGUGCCUCAUUGUUCUGCCCACAGAUGGACAGUGUGUUGGGGCCCGCAGAGAGAAGCCAAACCAUUGCCGCCGUUACCUGACCCUGAGGAGCUCAUGUCCGACGAGGCGGCGGAUAAUGAGGUGGAAUUCUUCACCAGCGAGCGACGCCCACUUUUGCCCAAAAGCUGCCCUAAAAUGGUGUGCGGGAGCAGAGGUCAAGUUAAUGCCGCCUAUCAGGGAACAGCGUCACAGCCUGGGAACUCCGCCUUGGCCUUCUCCUGGCCUGGCAGAGAGGACAAAUCAACAAGCAGAGAGGUCGAGCUCGGCGCUUCAGUUUCCCUGGCAGACAACCAGCAGGAUACAUUGUGGAGUAGACAUGCAGACCAUAAACUCAACUGCUUCACCUCCUCAGCCAUCCCUUCUGAGAAGCCCCAAAUUCCUCCUCGUAUCCCAAUCCCUCCAAAAACCUACCUUAAGACUGCGGCUGGCGAGGAUAAGCCACCCAAAAUCCCUCCAAGAGUCCCACUGGUGCCCCCGUGCCCACCACGUUCCCCGAGUCCCAAAAGCCUCCCGAUUUACAUCAACGGCGUGAUGCCGGCUACACAGAGUUUUGCUGCUAACCCGAAAUAUGUGAGCAAGUCGCUGCUGAGCGAGAGGGCGCCUUCGGUGGCUCAGCUCACUCCUUGCAUCGUUCCCAUUUUGAAGGACGGCAGACAGGCCAGCGCCACGCACUACCUUCUUCUCCCGCCGCGGCAAAAGACAUUGGCGGACAGACGAGGGCGACUCUUGAGUGAACCCGCCAGGUUGGGAAACGGAUGGCAGAACCGUUAAACUCCUAUGAGCCUGACUUAUGUGGCGUUCGCAAAACAGACAUGGAAGUUGAUCUACCGACCAAGCCUUUGCCAAACAGAUAUAGCUGCGCAAUUCGGGUCAAAACAGGCAAAACACAGUGAGAAGUUGAUGCAAAUAGUCAUUUCGCACAUUCAAUAUGAUUCCUCAAACCUGAAACAAAUAUUUCUGUCUUUAAAUACAGCGUUUAAAAGGCGGGUGUAAACCAAGGACCAUUGUGGCGAGGUGUUGGCAAAGUGAAAGGCGACGAAAGGAAUGGAUCUUUUCUCACUCGUGAACAUUUCUGAAAUGCGUCUAUUCUGCUAUGCAGGUUUCAAUACAAUACAUCCAAUUCCCAAGCUUUAUGAAUUAAUAAAAUCAAACAAAACAUGGCUUCGAUACGAUUGUAGGCUUUCCUAAAAUAAGACCUUUAAAUUCUGCAGUCCUAAAUCGGUUGUUCUCCACCACUCUUAAUGCGUUCCCAGUUACACCGCCAUCCUCAUGGAUCAUGCUCACCAAGAAUGCAUGUAAUCUUUUACACCUACGCUAUUCGGGAGCUUAGUCAAUUAAGCCAUAGGAGUUUUAAAAGGAGAAAAUGGUCGCUUGAACCAUUCCUUUAGCUUAGAAGCUUCCGGCUGUGAAAUAUGGCUAAAUAGUGUAACAUAAUAGUAGCUCACUGCGGAACCUUCAAAUGGUUAGCCCGGACAUGUUUUGUUUUGCCAGGCGUUUUGUAGAUGAAAUCAAUGGGCUGAUAGGGUACACCUACUAUUAAUUGGUAUCAUCUGGCAACUGCUUAUAACUGGUUAUUUGUGGCCUGCCACAAAUGGUGAACAUUCAUUAUUAAAUGCCCCCCAUUGCCGAUAAAUGCCAGAAGGUGGUGGCAAAACCGUACUUUCCAUUAGACAGGGCUACGGCCUGACUAAAUGAAGUUCCUUCACCUCAUAAUACAGUGCCAAACCACCCCAUACAUUAAGACGUUUUUAUUUUCUCAGGAAAUAUUACCCGAGCAUUUAUAAGCAGAAAUAUUUAUUUAGCAGUUUUUAAAUGGCGUUGGAAGAGCACAGUACACCGACACGAUAGCAUCAGUAGGAUGUGUCCUUAAACAAGACUGACUGAAAGUGUGACAAGAUCCACAAGCUGAAUUCAUGUGCCUUAUCUUUUAAUAGUGAAAUAUUUUUCUUUAAAAAACAAACAAAAAAUGUUAACAGCACUGUGUGUUUGUCUGUUGUUUCUAACAUUUUGCCAAUGAUUAUUAGUACAGUAUUUGCUCCAGGUCAACCUGGAAAUCCUCUUAACAUUCCAGUAUUCUCUCUCUCGAGUUGUAGGAUUUAGUUGCCUUGUCGUUCCUGAGGAACUUCCUUUGGGGACAAUAUUUUAUUCCAGUACUCUGUAACGUUCCAAUGACAAAACAUGCUGCAAUCCAAACAGAGCAGAUUCUAAAAUACGCUAUGUAGUGCACACUUAAAUGUGACCAUAUAAUUACUGUUUCAACAAGCUGGGCUUGUGUCAGACGUCAUUCCAUGUUUUAAAUUUCUUUAAGAUGCUGCUUGAAAUUCUAUGUACGUAUUUAUAAUAUCAUUCAUUAUGACGACUGAUUGAACAAUGAACACAACAAUGGCACAACACAGCCCUAAUUUAGUGUCUUAUUUGUAUCCAUAAAUCGUUCCAUUACGUCUGUCUUUUAGCUCUGGUUAUUGUAAAAUCGCAAAAGAAGAAUCAGUGGAACAUUUACUACCAACAAUAACUGAUUUAUUUUCAUGAGGUUAACUGACAAAAGUUUGUCAUAGCAAAAAAAUCAAAAUAUGAAAGUCAUUUUAAAUUAUGCAAACAUUGCAAUUCUUUUCUCAACAGUGUCCAGUGAACACAACGGGCACAUAUAAUUUGUAUUUGUCAAAUCAGCAAAAACACAGUACACUACCUACAGUGUGUAUGCGUUUGUGUUCAUAUGUGCGGAUGCGUUGGGCAUGAUGUUACAUUUCCUCCUGAGAGGAUCAGUGCGGUGUUUACAACCUUGGUUACACUGACAAGUUUCACAUUCUCGAGAAGGUUAUGUGUCCACCUCAGCCACAGUAUAAAAUGUUUGGAAAUUAUGUG